AUGAGUACAUCACAUACGGGUAUUCCUCCAUGCCUGCAUGAGACAUCGUCGACAACAACCUAUGUACUCGCAGCUGGCGAAGAACACCAGCCGAACCAAAACAUUACCAAAGCCGAAGAGAGAACUACUUCAACAUAUCACAAAGCGAUGUGGAGGAAAGAGAAACGCCUUCAUAGAAAGGCUGGUAAACUAGCUGUCAAAGUGUGGAGGAAAGGAUUGCGAGUCAGGGAUUCGCUUUUGGAGGGUGAUUCUGUCUUAUCAUUGUUGCAGAGCCUGUGUGCUCUUCUGAAUCACCGUGGAAAAGCAUCCUUGAAACAGAACCUCUUAGUAGAGUUCUUCCGAUGUAUGGCUAAACACGGCAUUCCGUUUCGAUACGUUGUUUGGUCUGCUACUAGCAAAUUUCUCUUUAGAGAGGAAUAUCUUGAGAAAUAUAUUCCUACGAUGAAUCUCGAGCUUUUGGUCAAGAACACUAUCUUGAUGCAGUUGUGUGAAAUCCUUAUUGCAACAAUAUUCCUAGGAAGUCCAAACCACACUUCUGCUGUCGUCGCGCUAGAGAGCAGAGUUCAUCGUUAUAACAAGAACUACGAAAACUCGUCAGUUUGGAAUGCUUACAAAUUAAUAGCUGAGUACGAAGAAUGGAAAAAACGACCUGCUUUUGGCGGAAUGAUACUCAACACAGCGCAAUCGAAUGCUGUCUCGAAACUACUGUCCAAAUGCCCUCAGUUACUUGGACGAGUUGUUCGAUUUCUAAAGGCGAUCAAACUCGAUCACGAAAUCGAAGUUAUUGUUGCAGAGGUUUGUCAAGAAAGAGAUAAAGCUUUAUCACCCAGUGAUUAUGUGUGGUUGGACUGGUGUCAACCACGGAUUGAGCAUCCAGAAAGAUACGGCAAGAAGACAGAAGUACUGUCACAAUGCGCCAACGUGCUUUUCCGAUUUCUCGAUUACGGAUCGAAUCGCAACUCUACACGAGCAUGGCUGAUGCUCGACAGAGCCUUUAAAUUCGUGGAUACUGUUCAAAUGAACGCGAUUUGGACUGAGAGAUACGAUUGGUGGCCUCAAUUCCACGUCGUACAUCUACCUCCAGAAGCAGAACUUCGACGAGCUGAGUUGCUGGUUGCAUUAGGCAAAGUGCCGGUUGAAUGA